UGACAUUUAUAGACAUUUUUACAAACGGAACGUAAUUUCAUGCGAAAAGUCACGUAGGCCACCGCGCGUGUUUAUAUUUUGUUUAAAAGAAUAACCUGUAAAAUAAUGUUUCUCGUCGGCAUAAGGCUUUAAUUAUUAAAGGAAAUGUGUUUAUAAAGUUCAUAAAAAUGGAAGAUUUUGGAUUAAAUCCUGGCGUUGUCGUAGUACGCGCUAAACCAGAAGGUCAGAGAAAGACUUUCAAACCAAAUAUUCGUGCGGUUAAUAAAAUACCAAAUGAAUUACUCAAUGACCCUCUUCUAAAUAGAGCGUGUGAAGCCUUACCACAAAAUUAUAAUUUUGAAAUACACAAAACUAUAUGGAGAAUAAGAUCGUUGGGUUCAAAACGGGUCGCCCUUCAACUACCUGAAGGGCUAACGAUGUUUGCUACGACGUUGUGUGAUAUAAUAGAGACUUUUACUGAAGCUGACACAGUUAUAAUGGGCGAUGUAACGUAUGGCGCGUGCUGCAUCGAUGACUUCACAGCUAUAGCGCUAGGUGUCGACCUGCUAGUACAUUACGGACACUCGUGCUUGAUUCCAAUAGAUCAGACAUGUGACAUCAAGGUACUUUAUGUGUUUGUGGACAUUAAAAUAGACCCAUCACAUUUUAUGGAAACAGUUAAAUUAAACUUUCCAAAGCAAACUCACUUAGCUUUAGUUAGUACAAUACAAUUUGUUACAACCCUGCACUCUGUAGCUAAAAUUCUUAGGAGUGAGGAGUAUACUGUGACUGUGCCUCAGUGUAAGCCUUUGUCACCUGGAGAAAUCCUGGGCUGUACAUCUCCAAAGUUAAAUUCAGAUGUAGUGAUUUAUCUCGGUGAUGGUAGGUUUCACUUGGAAUCUGUUAUGAUAGCUAAUCCUAAAAUACCUGCAUUUAAAUAUGACCCUUAUGAGAAGAAAUUUACUUCAGAACUGUAUGAACAUGAAAGUAUGCAGGCCAAUAGACAUAAUCAAAUUGAAAUUGCAGAAAAAGCAAAGAGUUUUGGCCUUAUACUUGGAACAUUAGGGAGACAAGGCAGCACUAAAGUGUUGAGUAAUCUAGAAAAGCAAAUUAUUAACACUGAUAAAAAGUUUGUAAAGAUACUUCUGUCUGAGAUUUUCCCUAGUAAAUUAGCAUUAUUUGGUCUUGAUGCAUUUGUUCAAGUGGCUUGCCCAAGAUUGUCUAUUGAUUGGGGAACAUCUUUCCCCAAGCCAUUACUGACUCCUUAUGAGUUCUCUGUAUCACUAAAUAAUAGUAAAUGGUUAAAAGAUGAUGGAACAUAUCCUAUGGAUUUCUAUUCUAAUGAUAGUUUAGGACCUUGGACACCUAAUUAUAAGCCUGUAAUGUGUUCAGAAUCUGACAAGCAAUGUGAUAACUGCUGUGGUGGUAAGGAUAAGAAAUAAACUAUGUGACUUACUGGUACAUUCUGGGGCACCACAGCUGUCACCUCUCGGGCUCUCUGGAACACUUGAGAGUCCAUGAACUUAGAAGGGAAAGUCUCUGCAAAGUUCUGGAUUGGCACAUUCUUGGUGUCAUCACUGUAAUGUUAUAAUAGGUGUUAAGAAUCAUUCACUCUCAUCAUAGUUUAAAUAUGUGGUGUGUAGUUGAACCACAAUACAUUUAUGUAUACAACUAACUUCAAAUUAUGAAAGCCUAUGUAUUUAUUAAAUAAGAAGCAUUUGCUUUUUUAAAUUGAAUUAAUAUUUAUGUAAACAAGUUAAAUUUUAAUGAAUGUAUUUAAUAUGGACAAUAGUUAAAUAGUGUACUUCAUAGUAUAAUUUAUGUAUAUAAUAACUACAAUGUAACAUAUUUUAUAUAUGUUAUAUUAUUGACUGUUGUCUUACCGGUGCAUCAGUGCUACCGAGUAGCAGUAGUUGAAAAGCUGUGGGUUGAGGUUUGCUCUUGCGUAAACACAUGUUGACAGGAAAUCUUGCAGCUGAUUCUGAGGUACAUCUGUAUAAAUAAAUAAUCGUUUAAUAAGUUACACACUGUUACUAUCACCUUAAUCCUAUUACCUCUAUCUGAUCUUACCACAAACUACCUUUCUUUUCAUAUCAUUCUCCACUAUCUCUCCAUGUUCCCUUCAGUUUUCCCCUCUCCAUCCAUAAACAUUUAAAUCACAGAUACUUAAGUUAUAAAUUAAUAAAAUUUUGAUAG